AUGACAAUGGUCCACAUAGUGAUGUUCAAAUUCCGCCGCGAGGUGACACAAGAGCACAAAGACAUAUUCGUCCGCGAGCUCAAGAAGCUCAAGGAGCUCGAUUGCGUCAAAGGGCAUCGUCUCGUCGUUGGUGGCCCUUCAAUUACCGAUCCAAUUGAUAGAAGUAAAGGAUUUGAGUUUGCUCUGCUGAGCUUUCACGAGAACCUCGAAGAGCUGGGGAAGUAUCAGGCUAGUAAGGAGCAUGAUUGGUAUUUGAAGAACCCUUCUUAUUGUAUUGGCGCUCUCGGAAAACUUGUGCACUUGCGUUGA